GCGGUCGCAUUGGAAAUCUAUGAUCUUGAGUGUAUCAAUAUGCAACGUAAAGCUCCCACCUCUAAUCCGGACAACACGUCAGCUGGGUGACAUUCCGGAUCUAUUAGCCCAUGACGCACCAUGAUUAAUUCACAGUAAACGAUAAACAGAAACGAGUUUCCGUGGAACGCGAUAGAAACGUAAGAAUCCGUGGAAGAAUUCAGUCGACAUCAUGGAGAGCCUGAGCGAAGGUGACAGAGCUGUCUUGAAUACGAUCUUCGAUCCGCUACAGCCGCUCGGGCCGUCUGACUUUGCAGGCCUUCCGGUUUUCCAAGAAACUGAGAUAACGAAUGCCUUCGAAGAAGAUCACUUAGAACAAGAUGUACUGGACAUCGUGAAAAAGGCAAUAGUUUGCGCGGAAGCAAAAAAUUUCGAUGAAUCGUUCCGGUUUUUCGACGAAGCUUUGAAGCAGGCACCUAAAUCGCCAUCAAUCUUAAAUGACAGAGCGCAAGCGUUACGUUUGGCGAAUCGAAAUGAAGAGGCUUUGAAGGAUCUACAUCUGGCAGUGGAACUAAGCGAAGGAAAAGGAAGGACAGGCGUCCAGGCGCUCUGUCAACGCGGAGCCCUUUAUCGGUGGAUGGAACAGGACGACAAAGCCAGGGAAGACUUCACCAGUGCGGCCAAAGCUGGCUCUAGCUUCGCUAAAUCGCAACUGGUCGCUCUGAAUCCUUACGCGGCUAUGUGCAAUGCGAUGCUGCACAAGAUGACAUUCAGAACCAAUCAUCCUUAAUUUAAUGGGGUUGCGUCACGAGACAAUAAUCACUUAACAGAUAUAUAUAUAUAUAUAUAACGCUCUAUUUUAUUUUUAUUUCCAUAUAGAUAAAUCCAUGAACGGAUCCACGAGACCUACAAUUCCUGAUAAUGAUAGUAAAAGUGAUAAUAUAAUAAUAAUAUAACAAUAAUUAUUGGAAAUUUCGCAUAAAAAUAUAAAUUAUCUGUAUUAAAACCGGAAUAUAUAUUCAUCUGCAAACUCGGAUUUAAUUUUUGCUAAAAAGGAACUCGCGCUAAAUCGCCAAAUAACGAAGAAAACGUCAAGUUCUGUACCCGUAAAGAUUCCUUCUCUUCCAGCUAAACUAGUCCUCCCCAGACGCGAAGAUUUAUAUCUAACGGAGAGAACUCGGUGCGUAUUAAUUAACUACAUCAUCGGUAGACAUUGAUCGUAUUGAUAGAUUGAAGACUUGGAACAGUAUCCACAAUUUAUUCAAACGGAAACUGAUAGCGAAAUUACGCCUAAUACGAUUCCUUCAUGUUACACACAUAUGUUUGUAUAGAUAUCUAUGUGUAUAUAUAGAAUAAAAUAUGCCUUAUAUCA